AGCUCCGCCCUUUCCCAGCCCCGGCUUGGCCAGGCCCCCCUCCCGCGGGUGACGGGUAACGGUUACAAAGCAUUUUCUCCCGCCGCCGUUUUUGCUUAGUCAUUGCCUUCCAGGAAACAGUUUCUCCCGCGGGCCAGGCCCAGACUCCCGCGGCGGCGGCCCCCGGUGACGGUCAGAGCCCAGGCGGCUGCAGCGGCCGCUCCCUCCUCCGGGCCGGGCCUCACUGCGGACCCUCCCCUCGCUCCGGUCCCCUCCCGCGGCUCCUCUCGGUCGCGCUCGCAGACCCUCCCUCCGGGCGGCCCAGAGCUCCGCCCGCCCGAGCUCCGGUUGGCCCCGAAACCGCCGCCAUGGGCACGGACAGCCGCGCCGCCGGGCUCCUGCUGCGCCAGGCCAGCACCCUGCACCUGCAGACUGGCAACCUGCUCAACUGGGGCCGUCUGCGGAAGAAGUGCUCGUCCAGCCACCGCGAGGAGCUGCGAGAUUGUAUUCAAAAAACCCUGAAUGAAUGGAGCUCCCAAAUCAGCCCUGAUCUAGUUCGUGAGUUGCCAGAUGUCUUGGAAUGUACCGUAGCUCAUGCAGUAGAAAAGAUAAAUCCUGAUGAAAGAGAAGAAAUGAAAGUUUCUGCAAAACUGUUUAUUGUAGGAUCAAACUCUUCAUCAAUGAGAAGUGCAGUUGAAAUGGCCUGCUCUGCUCUGGGGAUUGCCCAGCUGGAUUCUGUGAUCAUCGCCUCACCCCCUGUUGAGGACGGAGUUAAUCUUGCCUUGGAGCAUCUUCAGCCUUACUGGGAAGAACUAGAGAGCUUGGUUCAGAACAAAAAGGUUGUGGCCAUAGGGACCUCUGAUCUUGAUAAAGCCCAGUUGGAGCAGCUGUACCAGUGGGCACAGGUGAAACCAAAUAGUAACCAAGUUAAUCUUGCCUCCUGCUGUGUGAUGCCACCUGAUUUAACAGCAUUUGCUAAGGAGUUUGACAUCCAGCUGUUAACACACAAUGAUCCCAAAGAACUGCUUUCUGAAGCGAGUUUCCAAGAAGCCCUUCAGGAGAGCCUCCCCGACAUCCGAGCAAAUGAAUGGGUGCCCCUGUGGGUACUUCGGUAUUCGGUCAUUGUUAAAAGCAGAGGAAUUAUCAAAUCAAAAGGCUACAUCAUACAGGCCAAAAGAAGGGAUUCUUAAUCUUUCAUUGGAGGGUGGCCUACUGACUUUACACUGCAGAAAAGUAAUUUUUUCCAAGUCAAAAAUCCCUAAGAUAAAAAAACCAAAAGUUACAAACUUUAAAUUGUAUCGGUGAGGCAAAGAGUCUAAUCGUAUUUUGACACAGUAUGUUUUCAAAUACUGUAUGCUUCCUUCCUUGUCUCUAGACCAAUUCAAGUCAUAUAUGAAACAUUGUAUUGUUUUCAUUAAACUAUUGUUUUCUAAUAGAAAUUGUCUAUAAAGAAAAUACUUACAAUAUAGUCUUUAUUUUUAUGACUAAUAUAAAUCAAGAAAAUUGUUGCUAGAUAUAUUUUGGCCAUAGGCAUCAGGGUAAGAUAGAGAUAUAGAUAUAUAUAGAUAGAUAGAACUAUAUAUCUAUCUAUAUUUUUUAUUUACCAAGAAAAAUUAAUUACUUCUUAAUUCUUAAGGCCACAAGGAUGUUUAAGUACAGUUGUUAAAACUAAAACACUGGAAAAUAUUCUUCCUAUCAUUGAUUAAAAUUACAUCUCAAAGUAAAUAGAGUAGCUGGAUUCUGAUAUACUAUAGGUAUAUUUUUUCUUUUUAAUACAUGGAUAAAAACCUAGCUUUUUCCCUGGCACUAUGACCCUUAUAGUUAAGCUAUAGUGAUUUAGCCUUAUUCUUAUGCCUUAUUUCGUCUCACUUGUGUUUCCUACAAGAAUAAAUCAAUGUAACUGAAGAGAAACCGGUAGCAUUUUUAAUCACAAAUGACUGAGCUUUUUGGGAAAACAACAAUCAGCUCCUAAAUCAUCCUGAAUAGUCCUGAGUAGAUUUGGCUGCCCGAUCAGCUGAGUACAUUAUGUGCCAAUCCCUACUAAUGAUCACCACCAUAAAUGUAAAUGACUACCUGGAAGAGGUGACUAAAAGCUACAAAUGGGAUUUUUUAAAUGCUCUUAAUUCAGAGCCAAAGUUACAUGUUGUAAUUUUUUAAGGUAUAGUCCAACUAUUCCAAAACAGGGAAUAAAAUAAUAUUUUAGUAGUAGAAGGGACCCUAAAAACCAUCUAAGUACAUUUUAUUCAUUUGCCAUUCAUUGGUUCUUAAGCUAAAUUUUUUUUAUAGGCAGUAGGCCAUAGUAGUUGAAUUUGCUUGUGACCUAAAAAUAUGUAUUAACCAAAUAUUCUUUGGAUUGCAUUCAAUAUAUUUGAUUCAUGAAGCCAGAGGAAAUUCCAGAACUCAUUUUGCUUCAGCUUUCUCAGCUUAGCUGAAAAAGACCUAGAUAUAAAUGUACCAACAUUUAAAAUAUCAUAUACAUUCUUUCCAUCCCAAGAAUUUUUUAUGCCAGUAGAUAACUUAUUUGAUAAUAGGAAUUGCCCCAUUGAAAUCAGCUACCUAAUUUUAUUCCUAGAGAUGUAACUAUUAUCUAGACUUUGAGCUCGCUUAAGCCUUAUAGCAUUUUUAUAUUAACUUUUAAUAUUGUGUUCUCAAAAGCGCAGUAGUUUUAGAAAUGUGAAACAUUUUUCCAUCUAACAAAGUUUACAAUAACUGUAUAAUCCUGUAAAAUGAAUUAUUCUCAAAACAUACAGUUUAAAUGUUAUAUUAAAUUUUUUUUAACCUUUAGUAUGUAAAAAUUGAAAUUGUUGGGUUUGGGGGUUUUUUGUUCUUAGUUCCGUUGGUGACGCUUCUGCCUUCUUUUGAUUUGAGCUUUCUAAAGAAUACAGAUUCAUUCUGUGAAGGGGGAAGGAUCAUGUGUGUUAUUUUUUAAAUGAGUUUUUGUUCCUUUUGUUGCUGAAUAACAAAUCCAUUGUAGCUUAUUGUUUUUUAAGCCUUUCUAGUUGUCUGUGCUUUGUUUCCAUAAUCCUUUUUUCUAAAAAUAUUAGAACAUGGUGAUUACCUUUAAUUUCUUUUAUAUAUUUAGGACUUGUUUGAGUGACAAAGCUCCAACACUAAGUAAGAAUCAUAACACUAUAAAAAGAAAACUGGGUUUUUAAAAAAAUAGCUAUCAAUAUCAUACAUGAAGGAUUUGUUUCUAUGGGAGAUGAAUGUUCAGUGACCCCAAGUAUAAAUAAUUUACAUUACUACCUCUUUCUAAUAAACCAUAAAAGAGGCUGUCAAAGUGGAAAUUGGAUUUUUCAAAAUGUGUCGAAGCCUUAUUAUAACAUGACCAGUAGUAUUGUGCUAUCAUGUAUAAAAUGGGUCUGUCUUGAACCUCAUCCAAGAAUGUUUAGUUCCAGAAGGACCAAAGUCUCAUAACAUUGAUUCUGAAAACUACAUUAUAGUAAGGCUCCAGUGUAAUACCUAUUUAGAGAUAACUACUCAAAAGAAAUUAAGUUACAUUGUAAUUGGAAGUUCCUAUCUCAAACUGUUGUCUUAAGAAGUCAGUCAGUUGGAUGACUAAAUGUAAAAUAGAACACGGCUUUUUUCUUUAUUUACAUGAAUGUCUCUUUUUUCCUAUUCCCUGAUAAUGACCGACGUAAAAAGGACUUUGUUUUCCUAGAAGUACUAAUCAUACAAAGACCAUUCAAUUAUGUAUAUUGAUAGCAGAUUUUCGUUUUAACAUUGCCACCUACUCAGUGUAUUCUGUAUUUGGGGAAUGUAAGCAGUCGCCAUGCUAAUGACGUGUCGUCAGGUAACUUCUAGGUCAUUUUAAACUGUUUGAUUGUGAAUUUAAACUCUUGUCUUAAUAAACUGAUGUGUGCUCUUGCUGUCAUCUACAUUACCUUUUUUGACCAUAUUUUUUUUUCCAGUUAACUGUAUAAUGUAUCAGAGCUUUCUUUUUCCAAGGGCAGAUUUUUUUAAGUUGGUAAAGGGUAGCUUGCUGGUGGUAUUUAAAAAAAAAAUGUAACAUGGCUUUAAUGAUAUUUUUAUAGUUCUACAGAAUUACAAAUCUAUUUAAGAGGGGUAAAUGCUUUAAUUUAGAUAGUCCUGCAUUUUCUUGUAAUAUAUCUCUUCAGAGGUGUGCUAUAAAAUUAAGGUAAAAUAAAACAUAUUACAAUAUUUAUAAUAGUUUUUAAUUUUGCCUCAUGAAUUUAAUUAAAAGUGUGAAUUGAAUGUG